GCCAGACGCUGUACGGCAGGGUGCUGUGGAACCCGGAGCAGAACCUGAACGCAGCCUACAAGCUGCAGCUGGAGAAGGUGUACCUGUGUACGGGACGGGAUGGAUACGUGCCCUUCUUCGACCCCACAGGGACUCUGUACAACGAGGGGCCUCAGUACGGCUGCAUCCAGCCCAACAAACACCUCAAACACAGGUUCCUGAUCCUGGACCGGAAGCAGCCUGACGUCUGUGACAGGUACUUCCAUGACGUUCCCUUCGAGGCUAACUUUGCGUCGGAUAUCACCGAACUACAGACCAUGACAGCCAUACCUGGUGUUGAUGGAUUUACCAUGAAAGUUGAUGCCCUGUACAAGGUGGAGGCGGGGCAUCAGUGGUACCUGCAGGUGAUCUAUGUGAUUGGUCCAGAGUCCAUCUCCGGCCCCAGGAUCCAGCGUUCUCUGAAACAUCAGCUUGCCCACAGCAGCGACAUGGGGCGGGCUCGCAGGGACCUGACCAAUCAGCUGAGGCAAAGCAUCGACUACAGCCGCGCUCGCCGGGACCUGGUGGACCAAAGUGGACAUCUCACCCUCGACGAGUCUCUGAUCUAUGAUAACGAGGGCGACCAGACGAAGAACGGAACCAACAUGAAGAUUCUCCGACUCGAGGUCCCCGCUGCCUCCACAUUUAACCCCCAGAUGGGAGGGUCUAUGGGCGGGGGUGUGGCUGCGCUGACCCUGCUGGUCCUCGUCCUGCUGGGUUCCUUUUUACUCUUCAGGAAGUGCCGACGGUCGGCUGGAAUGAAGCCGUCCAAGAUGGCGGAGGAGUACCCUCUGAACACCAAGGUAGAGGUCUAUCUAGAGAAGACCCUAGAGAAGAACUUCAGCUCCAAACACUGUACAGUCAGGAACAUCAACCUCAACAUCAACCGGAAUCACGACAACGUCAACUCUAAGGUCAACGGAGGGGCAAAGGUCAACGGAGCGGCGAAGGUCAAGCAGGUCAACCUGGAGGUCAAGCUCCACAACAACCUCGACAACGACGGCACUGAGGUCUGAGGAUCUCCCGCCUCCCUCCGGUGUUUCCCCUAGCUAGAUUAUUUUUCUAGACAGGGCGACAAAGGCCCCCAAAAGUAAGACCCUGGUCCUCCUCCUCAACGUGUCAGUUUAUACCAGUAGAAGUAGCAGUUCUACACUCCAACUACUCAUAGGGGAAACAUUGUGAAAAAUAUCCUGAAAUUAAGGAGUAUUUAAUGACAAAUCUAAAGCAAAUCUUGUUUAGAGUACUGGAAUAAUAUAUUGUUCGCUAAUGUAUUUUUCUACGACCGUGAUGCGAGAUAAAAAACAAAACAAAAAAAAACGUGUUUUUGACGGCCAGCUAUGCAGCAUUUACUCAAAUCAUUUCACACCUGGGCUACCACCUCAGGAAUAGAGAAAUGAGUGAACUAUCGCAUAAAACAGGAUUCAGUUUUUCCUCAUUUAAAAAAAAAUGAAUCGUCAUCGUUGAACGACGACCAGAGACUUUGGAAUCAGUCAUCAGGUGAAAUCUGCUGCCUUUGUUUUCGCUUUAUAACAACAACAACAACGCCAAAAUGAUCAAUGUACACUAGGUAGCUCAGGGACUUUUUCUGCAGCUUGUCUUAAAUAGUUUAAAUCGUUCAGAUAUAUCUCUGCCUCAUCAUUUCAUUGUCACAAUAUGACUGCGAUGAAAGUAUUAAACACACUAAUGUCCCCAUGUCCUAACUCCACGUUCAUUCAUCAUGCAGUCGAUUCAUAGAACAUUUGUUAGGAUUCAGGCCUAUAGUGUUUUAUGAUCUAUUGUCCACAACUGAAAUAGUAGUGUGUUAAUUAUAUACACUGAGUGUAUAAAACAUUAGGGAACACCCCCUUUUGCCCUCAG